AUGGAGCAAUGGAGCAAUGGUGAAGGAGAGUCUCGUCGCCAUGCCUUCGAUUCUGGACAACUGAUAUUAAAAGCAAAUCAAGCGAAUCCGAAUUCCAGGGGCACAGAUGGAUCCACUCGUGGAAUUUUCAUUAUCGGUGAUCAAAGUUCUUCAAAAUCUACCACCGUGAACAGUAUCAUCAAACAAGUUGCACUUCAAAUGGGUAGCAGUACAGUCACUAAAAUCAGAACGUGGAUUGAGCAUCGAUACGAUCCAGAGUUGGAGGAUCCAAAGUAUGAUCUAAAGAUAGAACACCAUAAUUCAGGAGGAGUAACUGAACUUGUUAAAGAUGGCACUCUACAGGAUCUAACCAACAAAUUCACGAAACUCAACGAGAAACAUAUGGAUGACGUAAAGGAUGCUCGAAUUGUCAUUCACUCCAACAUUCCAUCCUUUGCAAUAGACUGCUGUGACAAUCCAGGAUUGACGCCGGUCAAUGCUGAAAUACAGAAAACUACCGACGGUAUUACGCGUCGCACGUUAGAAAAGGUGUUGGAGCGUCAGAAAUUACAAAAUGAUAGCAUAGUGGUGCUAUGCAUAUCUGCCCUAGUUUUUGAAAAUCCAUCUUGGCCACGACACAUGGAUUUGAUAAAAAAAAUUAAUGGUAAUAAUUUGAUCGUCCUUGUAACAAGGAUGGAUCAACUCAAUAUACAAGGAAUUGCCCAGGAGAUGAGGGGUGACCAGGGAAUAAAUAACAAUGAUCGUCUUCGCUGUAGCCCCAUGGAUAUCCUCAGGUUUAUUCGUGGAAAAAUUGAACAACAAGCUAAACCUCAUGAAUUUCCGGAAGGCGUGCAGUUUCAUUAUGCAGCUUCCAGCAGCAAAAAGUGGGAUGAUCUAAUGGUGGAAGGGUGGAGUGAGUUCGAGAAAUCGGAACGAAAGAAUAACAGCGAGAUGAUUAAAAUUCUUUGCGAAGUUAAAAAUAAAUGGCUUGAUUAUGGAAUCGAACUGACUGACCUGAAACAGAAAGAAGAAUUCAUGGAGUCUGUCGGAAUGCCGAAAUUACAAGAAAGAUUGCUUCAGAGAUUGCAUGUUGAUAUUUUGAAGGCCACGGAAGAACUUAUGGAUCUUAUGUCGAAACAUCAAGUUCAGGAAAAAAAGGAACUGGAAAAGGUGUCAAAAAACAUUAAACAUUCCAAAUGUCAAUCUGAAUUGAUACCUGAAUUCUGCAAACAUUUUAUAUCGUUGUUUCAGACACUUUUUGCUUCACCGCUAUACUCCCCACCUCUUCACUCCAAUCCUCGGUUGAUAGAAUUUUACAACGGGAUAAAAAGGGCGCGGGAAACUAUUAAAGGAUACGGAUGGACCUUGAAGGACAUGUGGGAGAUCUUCGAAAAUCUUAAAAGCACCGACGGAUACGCGGAAUUUCCACCUAAAGAAUUUCGAGGAGAGGAUUUUCAGAAAUACGUGAAUAAUGUUGAAAAAUACAUCAACUCCGCUGAUAAAUAUUUUAAUACGGCACAGAUGCUAGUAACGCGACUAACGCAAGAAUGUACCUUGCGAUCAACAUUAAUAGAGUUACGUGAACUUGAUGUUGAUGAAUUUGUUGCACGUCAAGUACAAGCAUCAACGUCGACCCAAUUAAAUUUUGGUCAGGCCAUCGAUCAGCAGAUCAGUGAGGACUAUAGCCGGAUUUUCCAUUCACAGGAGAGGAAGAAUGCCGACCAAAUUUCAGGAAAUUAUGUCGAUGUAAACGGAGGUAACCAAUGGGUAGCGAUAUUUGGAGCUUUAUGUCUAUUGCUACACGCAGAAUAUACUCUCCGUAUCAUGCGUGACACUCCUUAUUCUUCCUUGCUACAAACGCAGAGCGUUGAUCCUAUGCAAGGGUUAUUAGUCACUAGAUUUGAACGGUACUGGAAACAUAGAAGCAAAAAUUCGCAAGAUCUGCAAACCACGGAGAACCAAAUUGCAAGGAUUAUGAUAAAGAUGAAAAGAACGAGUUCCAAAAAACCUUCACCCACAAAAAAAGUACCACCCAUUGAAGAUAUAUUGUGGGCGCUCUAUACCAUGUUCUUUGAUCGUCCAUACAAUAAUUUUAAGCAGACGUUGGAUGGACGUACGGAUCUAUUAAUGAUGACACAUGCUAACUCACUUGUUCACUUUUAUCAGUUAAGUAGCAUCUGUGUACAUCAGGAUAGAGAAUAUCUGAAGCAAUGGGGGUCAAACAAUACGGAUUUGGAAUAUGUGAAAACUUUUCUGGUUAAGGAGGAAGAUGUCCAGGAUCUUCCAAAAGUAUCUGAAAAGAAUGAUAAGAAUAAAAAGAAUGAAAAGGGUAUCAUGGAAUUGGUGACGGAGAACCUUCAAAAGCUCCGGAAGAAGGAAAAAACUAAUUAUGAAUUAGGGGAGAAACGCCGGAUCUUUACAAACUACUCGGAAGAGGCAGUUGAACGUGUUAGAUCUAUUAUAAUGGGCAAACCACUAGUUCCGGAAGAGAAGGUAAAGAUAUUCGUAGAUUUUGCGGAUAUGGGCAAAAAUCCGGACGCAUUCGACCAACCAGAGAGUAAGACCAAUUUCGGCGACAAAGAAAAAGCUUCUGUUAAUUAUAUCUAUAAACGUCGUCUGACAAUGGGGAUUACAAAUUGUGUCAUUGAUGCUAUUCAGCAGCUUGCUAAAAUGCAAUACGAAUUCAAUCAUCAACAAAAUGCCCCAGAACUACAACGUGAACUACUUGGCCGUGUCGCAUCCUUGAUGCUUGGAUAUGGAUAUCCCUACCACCCUGAUACUCGCCCUCCAUCAAAAUGGUACCUAUCGCCAAAGGUGAUCGUCCAAUUUCUUCGGGAAAACGAAGAUUUCUUAUCUAUGCCUCACUCGCCUGAGGAACAAGACACGCACGAUUAUAAGGCCAGACUUGAUCCUCGGAUGUUAGAAUCACCGAUUAUCAAGCGCAUCUUCUCCUUGGGCAACGAUGAUCAUAAGUACAAAGAAAUAUCAAACCAUAUCAACCAGCUUGAAAAAGCAAAACGUGAUGAAGUGGAUGCAUAUAUAAUCGAGUUUCUUGCCGAAGACCGAUUCGAUUGGCAACAAGAUCAGGAUAAUCUGCAAAGAAAAUGGAAUGACUGUAGAAAUGAAAUAAACAAUUAUAGGAAAUGGCAUUAUUAUCUUGGGGCAUACAAAAAAGUUGCUGAAACAGUAUUACUGGAUAAGGGGAAUGAUGUUCCUGAAAUAGGAUUUAGUUGGGAGGGAGUUGCUAACGAGUUUAAUGAAUCUAUCGAGUUUGAUGAAUUUACCGACGAGGAUGACGAACAUGACGAUACUUCAUCUACAACGUCUGAAAAAGAUUCACUGGAUACUUCAACUUUCGAAGAUAAUUCAUCCAGACCAUUCUAUAGAAACUCUUCUGAUUCCUAG